ACCAUCUCCCUCUCUCUCUCCCUCUCUCCUCUCCACAAACUUCCAAACCAAGAGAGAAUUGAUGGAAAGGGAGAUUCAUUGCAAGUUUUAUUCUCUUUGUUGUCCUCUGAUAAGUCCACGAUGAAACAGCAAGCAAUCACUCUUAUCUGCUCAAUCAGCCCUAUUCUUGAUCCCUCCUUCGAUUUUGACAGUCCCCAGAAGACAUGCUUUUGGUGAACCACAAACACCUCCCUCCUUGCCAUUUCACAAAUUGCAGAUUCAAGAAUCCUCAACCCCAUGGCUCACCGUGAGAUCAAGAACAGCGAGACGAAGUUUGCCCGUUGCGGAACAGGCUCGUGCUCCACUGGGUCACUCUCGGCUUCUCCAAUAUGACCAUGGUUCCUGCUCAAAGCCUCUCUGACAAACACCACCACCGUCAUCGACAAAUUUGCAGCAGCUUCUUUGGUUAUGCUGAUUGUUGUGACACAAUCGGUAGCAAUUACACAGCUAGUUGCAGGGUUAUGAGCCGAGCCGACGCCAGGUCACAUGAUUUUUCCGGUGAAAUUACUUGCAUAGGAGGAUCUGAUCUGGUGAUUGGUCCGACAACAAUGGCCGAGGACGAAUCAAGAAUCACAAGCAGUCUCAAUGAAGCAGCAGCCUCUACCUCAAAGGAUGUGGCUCGUCACGACAACCACAAGGACGAUGAGGGUUGGCUACAGUUGAGUAUAGGCGGCGGUCACGUCUCGACCACGAUUGCCACACGGGGCGAGAACCACGACCGGACAGAUUUGAGUGUCAAAAGAGGCACCGGACUCGUCGAGCUUGAUCUGCUAUCCGGCGGAAGUUUGCAACGAACGGGGCCAUCGCCAUUAACCCCGGCCCUCGCUGUCCCUAAGGCUGAACUCAAUCCGUCUCCUAGAACGCCGCCGACGAAUUUCACAAGUGCGGCAACUAGUUUUAGUGCGUCAUCGUUUAGCUAUUUUCACCACCCGGUUGGCGGAAGUAGCUCUACUAAUUUCCCUCAUCACCAAGAGAUUAACUGGGCAUUUAGGCCUCCUUAUUCGUACCCACAAAGCCUCGCAGCUUCUCCGUCGUCCUUGCCGUUGCCGUCAUCCUCCUCUUUAUCUUUGAUGCCGCUCAGACCAUACUUCGCGCGACCAUAUCAGCUACAAAUGGGAGUGGACAUGGCGGGGCCAAGCUCGGACAUUAGGAUCAUCGAUCCCCCGAGAAGACCCCAUUCUGGGAUUUGGUUUAUGCUUCAAGCAUCCCAAAACCAUUUUCAUUUUUUUCUCGAAUGCAGGGCAAAAGAACCGUUCUUGCCUCAAAUACCUAAGAGCUACCUGAGAAUCAAAGACGGAAGGAUGACCGUAAGAUUAAUAAUGAAGUAUUUGGUCAACAAGCUGAGACUCGAUAGCGAAUCAGAGCAGGUCGAGAUAACAUGUAGAGGGCAAAAUUUGUUGCCGAGCUUGACGUUGCAGCAUGUGAGGGACCAGAUUUGGAGCAUCGGCCAGAGAGAUCAGGCUGUGACUAUGCUUCCUGAGUCUACUGCCGCCGUGGAUCAUCUCAUGGUGCUUCACUAUGGCAGAAGCAGCGACAGUUAAUUAAUCGCCACGACCAAAUUAAUUAACUUGGGAAAAGAAAUGUGAUUAGUGUCAUUUCCCCUAUCAUAAUCGAUGUUGAUUAACCGAUUAAUCGGCUCUCUCACUUGUCACACGGUCGAGUUAUCUCGUUUAAAUUAUUGUGGUCAGCACCCGGCUCUUCAUUCUUUCUUUCUUUCUUUUCCCACUUUUUUUUUUAUAUUUUUUUGGCUACUCUCUCUUUUUAAAUUAAUUCUCUAAUUGGUGGAGAAAGAAACUCUAAAGUUGUUGUACUUGGAAAUAAUUUUUUGAGUUUAGUAGAAUUAAUCUCCGUGGGACCCAACUUGUGGAAGGGUUCGUAUUUAGUAUCUGAUGCUAUUAUUGCUUGUGUUGAUAAUUUUAUAA